CUUGGCGGUGCCGGCUCAGAGUCCUACCGGAGCGCAGCUCCCUGCGUUUCAAACAGGAAGUGUAACCAUGGCAACGGGCGCAGGCGGCUGGAAGCCAUUAAAAUUAAUCAAAAGGAAGAAUGAAAACAAGAAAUAAAAUAAUAGUCAUGAAAUACUUUUUAACCAUCUUUAAUGGAAUUUCCUUGAUUUUUGGUCUCAUGGUUUUUACAUUCGCUCUGUGGCUUUUAUUUGACAGAAACAACUUAUUCACCGCUUUAUCUUUCACAGGUGAGGACCACUUGGUAUCUUAUCUUUGUUACAUAUUGCUUGGCACUGGAUCCAUCAUUAUUUUUAUUUCAUUCUUGGGAUGCAUUGGAAGUUUCAAAGAAAUCAGAUGUUUACUAGUUCUGUAUAUGGGUCUCACAGUCGUGGUCUUCAGUGUCCAAGUUGCAAUACCAGUGCUAAUAUACACAUUCAAAAAAGAGGCCAAUGCUAUGUGGAGUGAUAGACUUGAUGCAGUUAUUUCCAACUAUGGGAAUAAGAAUCUGACUCAAGAAGAACAUGCAUGGCAUAUUCUGAAUGAUGUGCAGCACAGUUUGGAGUGCUGUGGAAGAUACAACUUCUCAGACUGGAAAAAGAAUGAGCAUAUGGAACAUGUAAAUCAGGUUCCGUGCUCAUGUACAAUAUCUAAUAUCAAGAAAUGGUUUUGUGUUGCUUCAGAAACUUCAGUGUACAGUAAAGGAUGUGAAGAGUAUAUUAAAAUGUGGUUUGAAAACAACACUCUGUUCUUAAUUGCAGUCAAUAUUGGGCUGUUAGCUGUGCAGAUUCUCUUGUUCAUUUUAGCUGUAUGUCUGUCCAGAAAUAUCAAGAAGAAGAAAAUUUGCCCACAAGAUUAAUAUUUUUUUUUUGGUUUUGUUAUAUGGCAUGGCAUUUCUGAUGAUUGUUUAAUACGUCGGAAGGCCCUUUAAAGUCAGUAGAAUUAUACCUGUUCAAUCUGAGGAAUUUUGGACUAAGCCUUAAAAUGCCAUAAUUGCCAUGCUAUAUUGUAUUUUAUAUUUAGAUACAUAAUUAGUAUUGCUUAUAGUCUUGGGCAGUGGUUAGCAGCCUUUUCCAGCAGCGGAUUGGAAUGGCCCAGCUCAAAGCUAGUGCUAGGAACCAGCCACUGCUGCUGCAUCUGUCCCCUGCCUGGCUGCAACAGGGCUAGUGAAGAGUUCCCCAUCACUUGGCCAUCCAGCUGCCUGGCCACAGUGCAGCACAGUACAACACAAGUGAAGUCCUUGCUGCCAAACACUGCCAAAGCCCCAGCUCUGUGGCCUGGUCCAAUAGCCCAUGAGUCAUAGAUUGCCAACUCCUGGUCUUGGGUAUAAUGUUUAUUGAAGAUGUAUGCAUAAUGAAGUACUGAGUAACCAUUCUGUUUCACUGAAUACUGUCUCUUUAAAGCAACCUUUGAAAGGGUACUGGCUCAGCAAAUGGUUGUAAAACAGAAGGAACCACAGAUAUUCAUCACUCAAUUCAAAAUCUAAUAACUUGGUGUCUGACAAAAUCUAUCAGUUUUCUUUUUAUUAUGAUGUUUUGAAAAAUCCUCCUGUCACAGAUUACCCAGGGAAGCGCUUGCUUAGGACCCCGAACAUUUAGGAGGAAGAAAGGAUGUGAAAACAUGCUCAGAGGCAGAUUAAUUCACAGGCUCUUUAUGAUAAAGUACGUUGCAAUUUGCACUAUGGCAUAUGCAGAUCAUGUAACUGUAUGUUACAGUUACUCUCUUUUUUCAAAAAGAUCAAAAUUGAGCAGGUUCUAAUUAUACUUAUACCAAGUUUCUUAUAGUUUCCUGAAGUGAACUGAAUCCCUUCAACUCCUAGCAUCGUGCAGUAGUCAUCAUUUCAUAUCUUAUUCUGGGCCCUAUAAUCCUCAAAAUGUUAAUUGGAUUCAAUGGGGGGCUUUUCCUAAAGGCUUAAUUCAAAUUCUGCAGAUUGGUAGUUGGGGGUAAUUCUGUGGUGGAAAUCAAUGGAGUUAUUCCAGUGUAAAACUAGCAGAAAUGGGGAAUGGGUCCAUACUUUGUAAAGCACAAUUUGAGGCUAGUGCAAGUGAGCUGGCUUCUAGUCCGAAUUCUUAAAAAAAAAAACAAAAAACUACCACUCAUCCUUCUACAAACCCAGAAAAGACUGCCUAGCAUAAAUGUGCCAUGGAAAAAUUAGAGUGCAAAGUCUUAUUAAAACUGAGUCAGAGUUUCUAACUCUUUAAAUAAAUCAACCACAUUUUUCUUCUAUAUUCAAAUAAAGAUUGUUUUGUCUUCAAGAAAAAAAUCAGUAACCAAUAUUCUUCUGUUUUCUUUUAAUGGAACUAAUUACAUUAACAUGAGCACAGUGAUCUCAUGGUAACUUAAAAUAAAGGGCAAAUUUUUCCUUUCUUUAAAAAACACUCUUAAAUCUCAGUUAUGUUAAACAUACAUACAGACAGUCUGACACAAUGCUUUGAUCAUAGAUCUUAAGGAAUUUAUCCUUUACGACAAUAAGGUGAUUAGAAAAGUCUGUCUUGUUCAGUAUUUUGGAAGCCUAAGUCCCACCUUGAAUUUUGUCUUAGAAGUAAUAAGAGUUUGUAUUUUCAUUUUCCUUUAACUUAUUUUCUCUUAGUAAAAAACUGUAAAACUUCAUAUCAUCAUACAUAAAAAUAGCAAAUACAUAGUGGAAAUGAUUUGCUUGGGGGAGAAUGCUGUAGAACAUUUUAACACUCCUAAAGCCCUACACAUCGUAUCUAUUAUGCAAUGAUCUUGUUAACUGCACAGUAAAUUUAGACAGGGCAUACGUGUAAAUUAACAAUAGGACCUUAAAAAGGUCCAACCAACUAUAAAGUUAUUGCUCAAAAAUAGGUAAUAACUUUAUAGCUGGUUUCUAUCCAGCUUUAAUUUGUAUGUGUAGGCAGUCUUCAGCUGGAAGACUCAACCACAGUUUCUCAACCUUUGCAAUCUCCCAGCCAUGGGUUGUUCCACACACCCCCAGGACUAAGAUCACAGCCAUGCCUCAAGUCUGCCGGGUCUAAGAGUCCCGCACCUGAUGGGACUCUGUCCCACCUGCACCACACACAUGGGUAUGAUUGUAUCUAAUGUGCAAUCCCACAAUCAUGCCUCCUACCAUGUGUGUGUGGCAUGUCAGGAAGUGCGAUUGUGUGGAUUGUGCAUUAGAACUCAUGGUGUCUUUACCUGCACUUUUAGAGGGGGCGCUAAGAUAUACACAGCCAAGUAUUUCUAGUAUAGAACUUGUGAAGAACAUGAAAUACUCUCUUGAAAUGCUUUAAUGUGUGAAUAAAAAUGAAUGGUUUUCACAUGCAGCAACACUUUCAAAAUCUGUAACUGUUGGAGCAAUAAAAAUGUUUUAAGACAA